CGGGGCCAAUGAGGAUAGAGGGUGACAUCCGGGUAACCGCGUUUCCGACCUGUGACCUGCCAGGCGUUUGUUGUGGUGGUUUCGUUCGGGCGAUCGUCUGUCCGAGUUUGCGCUGGAUGAGUGUCGGCCGGAACGUCGGGUACAGGGAGGACGCGGAUAAUAUUGAAUAUAAAUGAGCAACGUUAUUUAAACCUGAUGGUCAGCAAUGCCUCCAGUGCGUCGGUCAAGGAGCGGCAGUCCAGACUCUUCCUUCAUUCCUAAGAGAAGGCGGCACAGCAGCAGCAAUGACAGUAGGUCCUGCAGCCCUCCGGUCAAAAGUAGCAGUCAUCAUUUGGGACUCAGGAAAUCUCCAUCAGUUGACCAGAAGCUGAGAAAGUCCAGGUCAAGGUCGAGAGAAAGAUCUAGUGCACACAAGCAUGAAAAUGGUGUACAUCAUUCAAGGUCAAGAUCCAGAGAUGGGAAUUCUCGUUUCUAUCACGGCCAUUACAAUAAGCUUUAUAUGGCACAUUAUGGAAAAGAGCAAGAAGAUUUACUCCAACAAAGGCAUGAUGCCUUUAUUGCCAGGCGUCUAAAGGAACGAGAAAGAAUUGGAGAACUUGGUGCACCAGAAAUUUGGGGACUGUCUCCAAAAUUCCCCGAGCCAGAUUCAGAUGAGCAUACUCCAGUCGAGGGGGAGCAAGGCGAGAAGAGCAGCAGUUCAGAUUCCAGUGCAGAAGAGGACAAAAAGAAGAAAAAGAAAAAAAGGAAGAAGAAUAAAAAGAAGAAAUCAAAAAAGAAAAAGCAUAAACAUUCUGAAGAAAGUGAAUCAGAUUCUGACAGCGAAAGCGACCUAACUGAUAAAGAUAAAAAGAAAAAGAAGAAGAAGAAAUCCCAUAAAAAAAAGAAACCAAAGAAAGCAAAAAAGAACAAGAAAAAAGUAUCUGAAUCGAGUAGUGACGAAUCUGACGAAGAAAGCGAACAUGAAGCUAUCUGGGUAGAAAAAACACGUGCACAUGAGGAGGACAUCUUGUAUGGACCUGAAGCUCCAAAGCAACACUCUGCCCAAGAUGAUGACAAGCCGCUGAAUUACGGUCACGCUCUGCUUCCUGGUGAAGGGGCUGCCAUGGCUGAGUACGUGAAGGCUGGGAAGCGUAUUCCACGAAGAGGUGAAAUUGGUCUGACAAGUGAGCAGAUUGCUUCCUUUGAACAUUCUGGUUACGUAAUGAGUGGAAGCAGACAUCGCCGAAUGGAGGCUGUGCGUCUCCGUAAAGAGAACCAGAUUUACAGUGCAGAUGAAAAGAGAGCCCUAGCUUCGUUUAACAAAGAGGAACGGCUAAAGAGGGAGAACAAGAUCCUUUCUGGUUUCAGGGAGAUGGUGCAAAGAAAGACCAAGGGCAAGGAGGAGAAAUAGAGAUAAAAUUUUUUAAACAGCUUCUAUUUAAAACCUGGGAAUGUGCAGCAGCAGGUCAAUCACCUGAUUGAGUUUUGUUUUUUUGAUAGGUGAUUGCAAUGCUUGAUAUUUUCAGAUUUUUUACCUUCAUUUUCAGCAUUUAAAAUGUUUUUGAUCAAAACCUUAAUAUAAUCUGGAUAUAUUAUAAGCUUGUUUUACUGUAGCUGGUUCAAAUUGAAUGUUAAUAUUGU